AUGAUCGACUCACAAGAUAUCAUACUUAUUUCUGAAACAUGGUUCAAAAAUGACUUAAUUAUAAAUAUUAGCAACUACAACUGCUUUUACAAUAAUAGAACAAACAAACAAGGUGGAGGUGUUGCAAUUUUUACAAAAUAUGAUAUAAUCGCUUAUGAAGUAUCAGUUUCACCUUUAUAUAAAGAAGUUGAACAAAUAUGGUGUAGCAUUGUACUUCAUAAAACAAAAAUAUUAGUUGGAUGUAUAUACAGACCACCAAACAGUACUGACCUAAUAAAUAAUGCAAUUAAUGAAUUAAUAAAAACUGCAAAAAAUGAAGUAAUGAAUGGAAAAUACUCAAAUGUAAUAAUUGUUGGUGAUUUUAAUUACCCAAAUAUUAUUUGGAAUGAAGACGGAACUAUCGAGCUAAAGCAAAACUGGCAAACAAGCAGAGCAUUUAUUAAUAACUUGCAAAACAAUUAUUUACAUCAAAGAUUUAAUUUUCGAAACGGAAAGUACAAAGAAAUGAAUCUCAUGUUUUAUAAAGUAAAUUGGGUUGAAAUCUUUGACAAAAUGAAUACAAAUCAAUGUUAUGAAUACUUUUUAAAAAUUUAUGAAAAAGCUUGCAAACAAUAUAUUCCUCGCCACUUCAAACCCACUAGUUCUAUCAAAAAUCCAUGCAUUAAUAAAAAAAUCAAGAAUCUAGUUAGAAAAAAACGUAGUUUAUGGUGCAGAGUUCGUGCUACAAACUUCAAGAACACAAACUUAAAUAAUGAAUACAAACUUAUCAACAAAACAAUUAAAAAACAAAUUAAAAAAUCUACUUUUGAUUAUGAAAUAAACUUAGCAAAAGAUGUAAAACAUAAUCCAAAACGCUUCUAUGCAUAUGCACAAAGAAAAAACCAGACACAUACAAAAUUGCUAGCACUUAAAACUAGUGACAACAAAAUAAUAACUGAUAAAAAAGUAAUUGCUAAUCUACUAAAUUGUAGUUUCCAAUCAGUAUUUGUCAAAAAAAAUCAAGAUUUACCAUAUUUCAGCAAUAAAACUAGUCAUUUAUUUGAAUGUGACUGGGACCAAGAACUAAAAGAAGAAAUUAUAUUUAAUUAUUUAUUAGAACUUAAUGAAAACAAGUCACUUGGUUGUGAUAACAUCAGUCCCUAUGUGCUAAAGCAUUGUGUAGAAGGAUUAUCCAAACCUUUGUCUUUAAUAUUCAAGAAAUCGAUACAUUCAGGAGAGCUGCCAGAAUUAUGGAAAUCUGCAAACAUUACACCACUUUUUAAAAAAGGAGACAAGAAAGAUCCACUCAACUACAGACCUAUCUCCUUAACAUCGAUACCAAAAAACAAAGAGUGGUAA